AUGGCACCGUCUGCCGAUUAUCCCUCUAAAGCACCAUUCGAGGCCAGCCCGACUGGUCAUUUGCAAUUCAAAAGGCACAAAGUUCUACCGCGACCUCGCUCCGAAAGAGCAUCUGAAUUACCUACACGAAUAGCAAGCCCUUUGACUAGACAAGAUCUGGUCAUUGAUGCAUCUCGUCCUGGUAAUGGCAAGCAGCCAUCAAGUCCACGAACUCUUAAACAUCAGUCACGGAGGAUAAGUAGCGGCCCGGAUCUGCCACCAACUCCACCGAGACAUUCGCGCCAGCCUUCUGAUAACUCUUCUGGCAAGACCAGCAGCCCCGCCGCAACCGAUAUUGCGUUACGGACUCCCCAGCCAUCCCAUCUACGUUCACCUUCGACGCCUCCUAACCAGAAGAGUCCCCCUACACCUGAUGUGACGCCACCCCAUCAUUCUACAAGCCGUCCACAACUAUUGAGACCUGUUGUCAGUGAUCGUGCUGGUUCAAAUACUACCGUUGGGGAAUCCCAAUCUGGCUCCUUUACAACUGCUCGAGAGGAUCCUAUAUCGUCCGAGGACGAGGGUAAGUCUGCAAAUAACAAGAACUCGCGAUCGAAUGUUCGUCACGUUUCCGACACAAGUGCACGUGGUCGCAAACCCGACACAUUGGGUUUCAAUUUGGCAAACUUUGCACCUCCAUCAGAGGGAAGCAGUGUUUCCAGAUCGCUAGGAGGGGAUUGGGGUCACAACGAUAGCGACUGGGGCUCCGUGAGUGAGGUAGAGCAGGAAUGGGACCAUAAUCUACAAAGAAUGGUUACUGUCAAGAAGCGCCCCGAACCACUGGAUAUGAUGCGAUCAAGUCCCGCACGGGCAAAGGUCGUAGAGCCGAACACGGUCACAUCGACACAGACUAACAAAGCUGUGCGGGGCCUGCCUCUGCACCAGAGGACCGAAGCUCUUUCUAUGAAGGGCCCUUCAGCUCGAGAAAUUCCUUCAUCGACUACAUCGAGCACUGUCGGAAGUUCCGACCCACGCAGAAUGUCUGUGAUCUCAAACAAAUCCACCGUCUCAACUGUUGUAGAGGCAUAUCUUCUGGAUCCAACUCCAAAGAGACAGAGGACUCUGCGGCAUGUGCGGAAACAAACCAUUUUGCGAGAACCUACAAACGCUUCAUCUGUGACAACGACAGACUCUCUAAAAUCGGAGAGAUCACAAAACGACGCACGAGCUAGAACACGACCAAGUGCCCCAAAAUCUGAAAGUCAGUCUUCUAACAUGACGGUCAAUUCUAUGUCCAGUAGCAGAGCUCGACGCGAGGUCUGGAAAGCGGGUGGUAUACCAGUCGUUGUUGUGCCCGAUCGGCUUUCGUCUCAUAAAACUAAAUCGAGAGAACCAUCGUUGAGGUCUCAUUCAAGCCGACGGUCAAGCCGUACUGCGACCAGUGUCAGCCCUACACUGAACGAUACUCCAUCUACAAGAGGUGAACCCCCUAUCGUUCGACGCCCAAACCGAGGUCGUUCGUACUCUUUGUCUGAAAGCUCUGAUGAGAGAACCAUGGACUAUCCACCUAUCGUUCCAGCUCGCUCAUCUUCCCUCUCUGCUCCUACCAGCCGCAACGGCUCAAGGGCCAGUUCUUUGACAGCCGAGAGCAUGAAGCUUCAUAAUGCUCUGCAGGAGUAUCUCAACAAGAAGAAGGAUUCCCAGAAAGUGCCCGAGAUCCGAUUUUCAGAGAAUGGCCCGACGACGCAGACGCUUUCAAGCCCUUCUCAUAGUCGCCGACGGUCGAGUUCGGAACAUCAUGAUGAUGGCUUGAAUAUCAAAGGAUAUGGCUCGCAAAAUACGCCCUUUUCUGUGGCAUCUGUUGAUACGAAUGGGACAAACCCAGUGAUCACGGAAGCUCUCGCUGUGCAAAUGUAUCCUCACCAGAAUUCAUCUCUGCUGAUGGUUGACCAUUCCACAAAGCCCUCGGAGUCUGCAGAUCAGAGUCAGACUGAGGCAGAGGAAAUCCUGGACAUUCCACUACCGACAGACUCCUCGGAAGAGAUUCCUACCACACCUCCCCAACCUACCCGUUCUCUUGCCGAUGUUGACUCCCCUCUCCGAAAUCCCCGAGCUCCCCCUGAGCCACCGAGCCACGCGCCGGUUAUUAAUUUCAUACCUGCGACACCGUCAGGGACGACUCCUGCGCACGAGAAGAUGGCGUUUAUGGGCAAUUAUUUUGAGGCAAUGAACGAGAAACCAUCCCGCCGACCUUCGAUGGUUCGCCGUGCUUUCAACCGUACACGACGUCACUCGGUGGAUUAUUCCUCUUCAACGCGAAGACCAUCAAGCUUUCUUUCUCGAACUCUAUCUCUUUCACGUACUGGUCGGAUCAGAGGCAUGCCGACUAUGGAACGUGAACCUGAAUAUCCUAGUCCCGACGAUAGUCCUGUGGAGGAAGACAAGCUGCAUCCUUUUUGGCGCCCGCAGUGGUCCAGUGAUGAGUUGGAUGAAUGCGACGGAGACUGUGAUGAUGAUUGUGAUAUUCAUUGGCCGGCUGAACCGGCUGACGAGAUCUAUCGAUACCCCCCGGUGGACAAUCGACCCAAAGGACCACAGAGGAGCUUCAGCUCUAGAAUGAAGCGCACGUUUGCUGUCCUCCCAUCUCGCGAGGGUUCGUAUUAUACCAGUUACGACUGGCCGGCCACUGAGCGUCGUACUAUUGGACGUACUCCAAGCGGAAACCUUCGGGUCAUGAGGCACCGCUCAAGCUUCGACUCCUUACGACGAAGCUACAAUGACGAUGAGAGACCACAUUCUGCGGAUGGUGAGAUCAAGAGAUCGUUUUGGCGCGCCAACAGUGUCCAGAGGCGAGCCAGUAAGGAAAAGAGACGCCUUUCCCUGGGAAGUAGGCUGGAGGAGCUGCAGAAUCUUCCCCGAAAGUACAGCGAGAAAAGACGUGAAAAACGUUCACAAGAGCUUCGCAAGAAAAUUAGCGGACCAAAGGAGGUUCGUGACGGGGUAGGAGAUGUGAUUCGAUCGAGCACAGCGCGCGACCACUACCAAUCGCACGAAAGCACGACAAGUUAUUAA